AUGAUGAAAGUAAGGGCACGGCGGCUUUGGACGAAAGAGGAGGAUACCCUCCUCAGGAGGGCGGUCAAUGAAAGCAUGGCGAGAGGUGGUGACAUCAACUGGCAUCGUAUAGCCUCGAAUAUUCCAGAGCGAAAUAACAAGGACUGCAGAAAACGAUGGGUUUAUAUUCUGGCACCCUCGUUAAAUAAAGGAGCCUGGAAUAAAACGGAAGAUGAGAAGCUGUUGCAAGGGAUCCAGAAGCAUGGUUUCCGUUGGGCACUUGUUUCACAGGUUGUAGGAUCUAGACAGCCAGAUCAAUGUUCAAGACGUUGGCAUGAAUCAUUGAACCCGGAGAUAAAUAACGACAGAUGGUCACUCUUGGAGGACGAGAUUUUGAGAGAGGCCGUGGAGAUCUAUGGAAGAAGAUGGACCGAGAUUGUGGAUAGAUAUUUCCCCAACCGGACACCUAUUGCGGCAAAGAAUAGAUAUACACAACGCUUUGGUAGCAAUAAAACAGACGGAACGGUGGUGAAGACUUCCGGAACCGUAACCAAGAAGAAAAGUCCAGUGGUGAAGCCCACCAUCAACCCAGUUCCACGAACAGAGGAGAAUCGGUCCGCCUGCCAAACGAUCAUGCCAAAGCUCUUGUGGCAUAUCCCUGAUCAUACUCAGAGCCAGCCAGCGCGGCUACCAGCUCCUCCGAAAGUAACGGUUCCUGAAGUAUGGCCAACGAGCGAUAUUCACUCCCCUUUGGCUACCGUUCCAUCUUACCAACAAGUCCCAAGCCUCACGAGUUCACCGAGCCCAGUAUCCAUUCCCCACACCCCUUUAACUGAUCCAAUCCGACAUUGUGAGCCUGCCAACAUGUCUCCGUAUUCAUAUUACGCCGUCACAUCACCGCAGCCAGAGAUAUGUGCGCCUUCGUUUGCGGAUCCGCCACUCAAUGGCAACUUUGGCUAUGAGCCAUGGGCUUCUAAUGAUAUGAUAUCUCUCCUCCAUCCCGGGGUAGUGGGAUAUGCAGAUAUGGGGCACAGCACCAGCGUUCCGACAAUGGAGCGACGAUAUGAUCACAUUAGAUUCUCAGACCACACGACUUUAUUGACUUUGUAAACAGUGCUAUACGGAAAGGUACAUAUAGCAACGAAAAGCGGAGUUUU